AUCAAUCGGCAGGUGUGGGCGGGGCCAGGCGGCUGCAGGCCCACAGAAUAAUGUGGGACAUACAGAAUUGUGUCAACGCAGCAGCGAAACGUUCAAUAUAUGCAAUCUUCAUAAAUGUACAAGCACAGACAUGCACACACAGCCACACGCGUACGAACAUAUGCGCAUACACAUUUGAUCGGUACCGUUACUCGAACACAUUUCUAUUUUAUAUGAGCGGCGACUUUUGAUUGACUUUUCCAGCGAAAUACGUGGUAUGGCACGUGCCAUAUAGAUAUAAAUGCACUAAACACGGCACUGCACACACUAUUAGAUUGACACAUGAAAAAAAAAAAAACAUAUUCUUUAAUUAACAAAUUUUGUUAAUUGUGUAGCAAGCACCCGCUAUUUCGAUACAUCACUGACUGAUUUAGUUCGAUUAUCCACUAUCGGAUUUAAAAUCCAGUAAGAUCAUUGGCGUUGCCUGAUUGUCACUUGAGCUGCAAAAUGGAAUCUGCACCAUUUAAAUUGUUUAACGUCUUUGAUAAACUUUUGACUAAUUGGCAUCCUCUUAAUAAUCGAUAUCUGGCCGUGUGCAGGGUUGCAUUUUAACAGUUGGCCUCGCAUUUAGCUUUAAAUCUUACACGAUUUUAGUUUGUUUGUUUUAAAAAUAAUAAUGUCUGCACACCAUAAUAAAGCUACAACAUGUGGCAAAAGCGACGCCAGUCGCCGCAAGCAAAAGCCCAUUUCUCUGAGCGCCUUUCAUGCGCAGCUCGAAAAGGCACAGAGCAAAGCGAAUAAAAACAAGGCCAGUUCUAGUCCAGCUACAGCGUCACCACCAGCUCCAAUAUCAGCUCUUGCUGGUCCUCCCGCUCUGACUGCAGUCCCAGCUUCAAAUGCAACUGUGAAGACAGAUAAGGAAUCGAAUGUGAAGAGUCUCUCUAAUGGAUACCAUAAAAUAAAUAAGAUACCAAUUGGCAAUAGCACAACUAAGUCCAAAGCUGUAACUGCUGAUAGCCUUCGCGGCGCUCGCCGUGGUCUAUGCUAUAGUUCCCAACGCGUCCGCUCCUGUCCACGUCUGCCGACGCCCACACGUGACGUACCCCACGAGCUACAAACAGUGGAUCGCAUGACAUCCUCCGAUUUCCGUCACGAUUUCGCAGCUCAUUUGGAGAAUAUGCGCACGUGGCAGAAGAAUCAAGAUCACAUGCGUUUCUUCCAGCUGGCCAUGCACGAGAAUCGUCAUCUGUUUGCCGGAAAGACCAUACUUAAUCUCACGUGCGGCACAGGCACUUUGGCUUUGAUGGCCGCACGAGCGGGUGCGAAAACUGUCUUUGCUGUGGAUCAUUCCCAGGUGACGGACUAUGCGCGGCUCGUCGUGAAAGCGAAUAAGAUGCAGCAUAUUGUGAAGGUACUGCAUGGUAGAGUGGAAGAUGUGAAGCUGCCGCAGCGUGUGGACGGCAUUGUUUGCAACUGGAUGGGACAGUGUCUGCUGUACGAAUCGGAGUUAAUGCAGCUAAUCCAGGCACGCGAUCGUUGGCUGAAGCCAGACGGUUUCAUCCUGCCCGACCUGGGUGCACUUUAUCUGCUAGCUGGAGCAGAGCAGCUGCUGAAGAACGAGCGUUGCAACUGGUGGCUGGAUGUCUACGGCUUCAAUAUGAAUGCCAUGCGACGCUACGCGCUGGCCGAACCCCGCUUUGUCCGCACGAAGGGCGAGCAUUUGCUCACGCUGGCUCACAAAGUUUUGAGCUUGGACUUGCGUACGGCUUCUCGAGAGGAUUUCCAGAUCGAUCGAGAGAUUCGGUUGAAAGUGCAAAAGGAGGGCUACUGUGAAUGUUUUGUGCUCUACUUCGAUGUCUCCUUCAGUCGCGCCCAUUUGCCACUCAAGCUCAGCUGCAAUCCCUGCUUGAAUUCACCUCUCAAAUCGCUUUGGCAUCAGACACUGCUCUUUGUGGAGCAGCCGUUCAUCAUGCGCACAAGCUCCAUAUAUACGGGGCAUCUGACCUUUCGACCCUGGCCCAACUUGCAGCGCAUGAAAAUUAGCAUUGAGCUAGUUGGGAGCACGGCGGAUGGCAUUCAAUGGAAGCCGCUGGUGCGCAAGAGUUGGCACCUGACGUCGCGCUUUCAGACUGUCGAGGAGGUGGCCCAGUGCCAGGACUUGCUCAACUAA